GGUGGUUGUGGCGAGGAGAGCAGGGCGGCUCUGAGGAGGAGGGAAGGAGAGAGAGGGGAGGCUGUUCCAGAUGGUUAGCCCUCGGAGCGUGAGCUGAGGGAGCUCCCUGUCGGGGCCGCGUCAGGGAGAGGGAGAGCGGGAAGGACGGUGCCGCCGCCGCCGCCGCCGCCAGUCACUCAGUCAGGUAGAAGCAGCAGCAGCAGCAGCAGCGGCAGCGGCGCCCUCCUCCUCCUGGGCUUCCGGCCACUGGCUGAGGGACUGGGGCUUCUCCAUGUCGGACAACCAAAGCUGGAAUUCCUCAGGCUCCGAGGAGGACCCCGAGACCGAAUCCGGGCCCCCUGUGGAGCUCUGCGGGGUCCUCAGCAAGUGGACCAACUACAUCCAUGGAUGGCAGGAUCGAUGGGUAGUCUUGAAGAACAACACUCUAAGUUACUACAAAUCUGAAGAUGAAACAGAAUAUGGCUGCAGGGGUUCUAUCUGUUUGAGUAAGGCUGUCAUUACACCCCAUGAUUUUGAUGAGUGUAGAUUUGAUAUUAGCGUAAAUGACAGUGUUUGGUACCUACGGGCGCAGGAUCCAGAUCACAGGCAACAGUGGAUAGAUGCAAUUGAACAACACAAGACUGAAUCUGGCUAUGGAUCAGAAUCAAGCUUGCGACGCCAUGGCUCUAUGGUGUCUCUCGUGUCCGGAGCAAGUGGGUACUCUGCAACAUCAACCUCCUCAUUCAAGAAGGGUCACAGUUUGCGUGAGAAGCUUGCUGAAAUGGAAACCUUCAGAGACAUAUUGUGUAGACAGGUUGAUACGUUACAAAAAUACUUUGAUGCCUGUGCUGAUGCUGUUUCCAAGGAUGAACUUCAGAGAGAUAAAGUUGUAGAAGACGAUGAGGAUGAUUUUCCUACAACACGCUCUGAUGGAGAUUUUUUACAUAAUAGUAAUGGUAGUAAAGAAAAAUUGUUUCCACAUGUAACGCCCAAAGGAAUAAAUGGUAUAGACUUUAAAGGUGAAGCUAUAACUUUCAAGGCAACAACAGCUGGGAUCCUUGCUACACUUUCCCAUUGCAUUGAGCUAAUGGUAAAACGUGAGGAGAGCUGGCAGAAAAGAUUGGAUAAGGAAGUUGAAAAAAGGAGGAGAAUAGAAGAAGCAUACAAAAAUGCUAUGACAGAGCUUAAAAAAAAGUCCCAUUUUGGAGGACCAGAUUAUGAGGAAGGUCCCAACAGUCUGAUUAAUGAAGAAGAAUUCUUUGAUGCUGUGGAAGCUGCACUUGAUAGACAAGAUAAAAUAGAAGAACAGUCUCAGAGUGAAAAAGUCCGAUUACACUGGCCGUCCUCAUUGCCACCUGGUGAUGCAUUUUCUGGUGUGGGGACUCACAGAUUUGUCCAAAAGCCCUAUAGUCGCUCUUCCUCCAUGUCUUCCAUUGAUCUAGUCAGUGCCUCUGAUGAUGUUCACAGAUUCAGCUCCCAGGUGGAGGAGAUGGUUCAAAACCACAUGACAUACUCGUUACAGGAUGUGGGAGGUGAUGCAAAUUGGCAGCUGGUGGUUGAAGAAGGUGAAAUGAAGGUGUACAGGAGGGAAGUAGAAGAAAAUGGCAUUGUUCUAGAUCCUUUGAAAGCCACGCAUGCAGUCAAAGGAGUAACAGGGCAUGAGGUCUGCCAGUACUUCUGGAAUGUUGACGUUCGUAAUGACUGGGAAACAACCAUUGAAAAUUUCCAUGUUGUUGAAACCUUAGCUGAUAAUGCAAUCAUAAUCCACCAAACACAUAAGCGGGUAUGGCCUGCUUCUCAACGUGAUGUGUUGUAUUUGUCUGCGAUUAGAAAAAUACCAGCUUUCAAUGAAAAUGAUGCUGAAACAUGGAUUGUCUGCAAUUUCUCUGUAGAGCAUGACAGUGCCCCUUUGAACAAUCGAUGUGUCCGUGCCAAAAUAAAUAUUGCUAUGAUCUGUCAGACAUUGGUAAGUCCACCAGAAGGAAACAAGAAAAUAAGCAGAGACAACAUCCUAUGCAAGAUUACAUAUGUAGCAAAUGUGAACCCUGGGGGCUGGGCCCCAGCUUCUGUGUUACGGGCAGUAGCAAAACGAGAGUACCCCAAAUUCUUGAAACGGUUCACAUCAUACGUGCAAGAGAAAACAGCAGGAAAGCCUAUUUUGUUCUAGUGUUCAGAGUGAUUGGAACAAGGCUGUGUGAACAUUCCACGUUGGAGAAAUGAACCAAAAUGAAUGCUCCAAGCGGGAACGUAGGAUCUACAGUCUUAUGACCCAAGCCCUGGAUUCUGUAUUCAACUGAAGAAAUACUUCAAUGCCAUGAAGCUGAACUUUCACUGUCUUCUGCUAGCUCACUUUGCUCAAUUUGUGUGUAAUUAUAAACAUACAUGUUUUGAUACAUGUAUAUGGCUCUACUUUAUUUGCUUGCUUUAGAGGAGAAAAAUACAACUUUGGGUCACCAACUUGGUUUAUUGCUUUAACUUAUGAAUAAUUUGAAAAGCUUUUGUUUACUGUGGAACUUCAUAUGACACUUGCACAGCUCUUGUUUUUGUGUAUGCCUAAAAAGCACAAACGACAAAUGCACAUAUAGCAUACUGUAUGUGCUUUAUAUACACAAAAACCUGUGUGUUGUAACUUCCCCCACCAGAUUUUCAGUAAACUGUGUGUCCAUCUGGAGGGGAUUUGUGUUUGCUUUGUAUAAUCAUAGUUCAUUGCUGCUGGUUUCUAUGAUAAAUCUUAUGUCUCUUAAUACAUGAGGGCAGUCAAGAUCUUUAUGACUUUGCCUUUUCUAUGGUCUUGCUCCUAUGAAGACCUUCUGAGUUCUGAUGGAGUAAGUGUGAAAAGCUUUAUUUUUCCCAGAUAUCUUUAUAUUUCUAUUGUAUUUUUUAGUUGUGUAAUAUGUGCUACAGAAAUUUGAUUACUGAACAUGUUCCAGAAAAUUCUGAGUAGAUACCAUAUAAGAGGGCGUAACUGCCAGAGAGUGCUACAGCAACAUCUCUCCUGUGUUGUGUGUGAGGGGGCUGUUUUCUUUCAGUUGCAUUUCCUGAAGCUGCAGAAAGUUACACUGCAUAGUACUUAGGGAAGCAUAUUGGAUUACAGAAGAUAACAUUCCCAGUCUUGAAGAAAAAGCAAAUGUGCAGUUUUCUGGUGCUGCAUCUUUGUUUUUUCUGUUGAAUAAAGCUGUGCUAUGAAGUUCAUAUUCAAAAUCUUUCACACAUGUAACAUUUGCCCCAUGCCCUGUAAUGUAAGGUGUAAAAUCCAAAAAACCUAAAUGCAAAAGUUCCCUUUAGUUGCUGUGAGAACGUACUUUUACAGACUUGAAAAUAACAUGAAGGGUAGACUGUGGAAAAGGCUGAUAGUCCUUUUGAGAAAUUGCCUCACUUGGUGGUGGUGGUGCUUUUAAAUGGAGAUUAUUCAGAGGAUUUUUUUUAGCUGUUUGAUCAGCUAGUGUGUAUAUAUAUAUAGAAAGAGAGAGAUAAGAUUUGGAUAUAUUUUUGGAAAGAAAGCAGAAAGUCUUAUUUCAUAUAAAGAAGCUCAUGCCUGAAAACAAAGACAGAACUUUUUAAUGAAGAUACAGCUGAUGAAAAUCUUUGAGGUUGGAAGCAAAUUCUUUCAGUUAUGGCUGGUGUGCCUUUGGUACACUGCGGUGACAUACGAAGGUUGAUUUAUACACCUGGAAACAGAUUUCAUGCUUUUUAGAUUUCCUUUAUUUGCCUUUCUCAAAACAACGUGCAUGGAAUAUGCCUUAUUACAGAGUAACUCUGAUCAUGAUUUGAAAAUGUAGAAAAGUGCCUAUGGGAUAAUGCUAGUAAGGCAAAUAAGAAAUUUGAUCUGUUUACUAUAUCACCAGUAAGCAUUUUAUAUACAUUUUCUUAUACCUCAGAUGUGUUUGAUCUUUUUACAAUCAACUGGAAAAAAAUUAUUUGUUCACCAUAGCCACUGAUGGGAACUUCAACAACAAAAUAAUACCUAGACCCUGAACACAAAAUUUACCAUUUCUGAUAAUGAUCAUGGAACACAUGCAAGUAACUUUAAUUUAAUUGGAUAGCUUUAUUUUACAAAGAGAUGGAAAGUUUACAAAGCAGUAUAUAAAUCUUAAUAUCAUUAGUUGCAUUUGCACUAAAUGUGAUGUAUUUUGCAAUUCUGUAAAUAAAAAUUACACUAAAGAUACUAUUUGUAAAGGAUACAUUUAAUUUUAGACAAGUGGUGCCACGUCAUUCGAACUAGCCCUGCCCAGUUGAUCAUUGGAGGCUUCUUGGGGCUUAUGGUAAGAACUGGAUGCAAUGUAAAAGCUUUUCCCAAGAGGCUAAUAGGCUUGAUCAGUACAUGCCAAGUAGGUGUUGUGCCCUUUCUUCCAGAAUAGUUUUUUUUUUCUUCUCGCUUUUUUGACAGGCUCUUUUAAAUUAGUCAUCAUAUCUGUCUGAUAUUAAUUGGUGAUGAGCGAGCACUCCUGUCCUUUAGUUUUGUAUGAACUAAACUGUUACUUAAUCUGUGGAUGCAGAGCCUUCUCCAAAGGAGGCUUUAUGUUCUCAGCAGCUGUUGCCUUGAAAGCCUGAUAUCUGCCACUCCCUCCCCCAACAAAUAUUUCUAUCAAAUGCUGGACUUCACUCCUUUUAUUUAGUUGUGGGUGUGUAGGAGAGGAGGUCAGAAAACAAGGGCUGUUCAUUUCUAUCAGAUUUUUAAAAUCAUUUUUAUUUUUUUAUUAGUUUUGCACUCUGACUAAAUCUUACACAUUUCUUGGAGAAAAUGCUAUUUCACCUUAAAAGAAGUUACUCUUACCUUAUUGGGCUGAGCGGGUUCAUAAGCAGUUGUACUGGUUCUCCUUAAUCAAAUUGUCAAGUCAAACUUUCAAUGAUCUUUUUGUCAACUGUUGUAUAGAUGAAGCUGUAUUUGAGUUGCCACUGUUCAUCUACAUACUCAAAACAUGAAUCAGUUUUUAGAGUAUCUUGAGUGUGUAGAGUGUGACUGUUCUAUGAUAGCUUUAUGAUCCUGUUAACUUUAAAGAAAAUAAACUAAAUGAAGAUGGCUCUUCCAUGUUACAAUCACAAAUUUAAAAAACCAGUAUUUAAAAGUGAAAAGUAUUAAAAAGAUAUUACAAACAAA